AUGCCGCGGGUUGAUGAUUUGUUCCUGGACGGGCCGGGCAAGGCGGCGCGCCUCCGCCACGCAGCGUGGCAGGAAGUGCUGCCGAAUAAAUUGCCCGGCAGUCGCGACAUGUCGGGCCUCCGCCACGUGCUGCUCGCCUUGCGGCACAUGUUCAGCAUUGCCGUCGAGCGCGGCCCCGUUGUCACCUCGUCGGGCGGCUUCGACGUGGACAGCACGAACCUGGCGAGAUUCAUCCUCCGCCACGAAAUCACCAACCCGCUGCUGGAGCAUGCCUGGGCCGACGUGCUCGACCAACACGGUGCUAUCUCGGCAGCUGGCGAGGACCGAUUUCGGCGUGCCAUCUUCGACUACGUGGAUGGCGAUACGAGCCUCCCCCCCGAUCUGGGCUUCGAGGGCAUCAUGGAGUCGGCCGCGAUGCAGACGAGCCUGUGGUCCAUACCGCACUUCCAGCUAUUUCAGCACUGGGAGCGCGAACCCGGCGGCAACUGGAACAGGGUUCCAAAUAAUAACCCGUCCAGUAGCCUGGUCGAGUGGGACGGUCUCAGCCAGGAGGGGGAUCUUGGCAAGCAUAUCGGCAGCGUGUUUGGCAUGCGUUCGACCAACCCUACUGCCGGUGUCACGAAGUUCUACGACAGAUUCGUCGGAGACAACUUCCCCCACCUCAUUCGCGUCAAGUACCAGCCUGGCGAAGUUGUCCGCCGCUUGCCCAAAGCAAAGAUCCAAACGUUCAGCUUGGUUGGCCGUGUGCUCCAGGGCAAUAGUACCGACGACACCCCCCCCCGGAAGUACGUGCUGAUCGCCGCCGUCCAUCUGCCCGAUGAACCCACGGGCAAGGACAUGGUGCGUCUAUUCAUGCCCGCCGGCGAGGCACCUCCCACCAACGCCUCAUACGUGAACGACGAUGUUCUGGAGAUUUGGCUACGAAGCUUCACCGAACCCACAUAUCUUUACUACUGGAUGGAGGCCGCUCUACAUAACAGCCCACCCGCGCCUAUCGCUGCUCCUCCCGUUGACCAGCCUGGAUUAUCUCACGAAGCUUCGACCACGGGCGCCAUUCCUCCCUCCCAAUUUAUGUCGGCCCCACCCGCUGACCAGCCUGGAAUACCUCACGGAUCUACCGCUGAUGCCAUUAAUCCCUCUCGAUCUAACACUGAACAUGAGGAUAGCAGCAGUGACACAGAUACGGAACCAAAAGAGUACGAAGACGGUACUCUACCAGGGGGGGACCAAGAAGAUUCCCAAGGCGAGGGAUACGUCGACGGGGAGGCAUUCGUGGCGGGAUCGGCGUUCACAGCGAUCAAUGGCUCCACACCUAAGAGCGCCGUCCCUCUCAGCGCCCAAGUUUCUAGACUGGGAGUGGGAGAAGUCGUUGUAUAUGCUGCUGAUGGAAACGAGGACACUGAAUUGUAUGGCUCAAACGACAGCGGAGAAGUCUGUGAUGAAACGUCCCAUAGAUAUUUAUCCUCGACAGACUAUGAUAACGUUGGCAAUGGCGAAGAGGACAUGGGCUGCAAAGAGACCAUGGAUGACGGAGAGGGGUAUUUUGAAGUCACAUACAUGAGCGACGAAGCCAAUAUUGCCGAAGACAAUAGCCAGGAGGAGAGCCAGGAGGAGAGCCAGGAGGAGAGCCAGGAGGAGAGCCAGCUUGCCGAAACCCAACUCCUCGAGGAGAGCAAUCUCGCUGCCAACCAUCACGACAUGGCUGGUGGCAAGUUCAACACCGCAGCCCAGAACAUUCAGCCUGGCGAAGCGGUUGAUAAUAAAAUCAUCGUCGGCGACGUUCCAGACGGCGGAGAUGUCGAUCCUAACCUCAUGACUUGCAUGGAGCCUGCCGACGAGCCUGCCAGCAUGCCCUCAGAGCACACCUCCCAGAAUGUCACUAAUGAGCCCGAGAACGUCCGCGACGAGUACUUUUCUGACCUUCCCUACACCCCCAACCCUGACCCAAGUGCCAGAGAGGUCUACAUCUGGGGCGAGCCACUGGUCUUCGAUAGGGCUGCCUUUGAGAUGAGCUUCCCCGCCGAAAACCCCGCCGUUUCCGCCUUCGAAAAGGCUCGACUCGCCAACACCAAAGUGGAUGGUCGCAAGAGGCUCACUAAGAAGGAAAAGGCGAUAAAAGCGAUGGAGGCCGAGCUCACCAAGAAGAAAGCAGCGGCCCGCGACGCCGCGCAGCUGGCCGAGGUGAUCACCAGGCCCCUGAAAAGGUCUCUGAAGCGCGCCUACGAGGAAAAAGGCACGCCGCGCAAGGUGAUGCGCGGCGCCGGCGGCGAGGCCGGCAGCCGCGGCAUCCCGCUGACAGACGGCGACGUGGAGACGUCCGAGAACGGACUGCUACACAAGAGCGACAUGAGAACCGAGAUCACUAUAGACGUGCGGCGGGCCAACGUCUCCGUGCCGCAGAGCUUCGGGGAGCGCUUCACAGUCCAGUAUAAUACCGACAUCUUCUUCGCGUAG